UGGCCGUGGGUACAGAUGGGCAAAGCACCGGGUUUAAACCCGGUGCUUUGGUAAAAACCCAAUAAACACCCAUAAACUCCCAUAAUCACCCAAAAAAAUAGGUUUUUACGUAUUUUUUUGAAAAUAUGUAAGUAAUACCAAUAAAUUAUUUUUAUAAAUUGUAUUGAUCAAUUCUACAAUAUUAAAUAAAACGUUAACUAAUAAUAUUUCAGGAAAUUUUAAAAAUCUAUAUAUAAUAAAAUGAAAGUAAUUAAUUUUCAGUGUUUUCAUGUUGCAGUUGAUCAACAUGUUGGCCUUUUGCUUCCCGUAGAUACUUUAAAAUUUCUUCAUAACACCUCGUUCGCACACAUGGCCGUAUAUAUUUAAAUUCUUGAGCCACUAACAGUCCGAAAUACUCAUUUCUUUUAUCCUCUUCUCCAUAAAUUAAGCAUUUAGAACAGUUUGUUUCUUCUUUCAGUAAAUUUUCUUUUACUUUAUCCUCGUUUUUUUCUUUGUUGCGACGACGCUGGGUAAAUCAUCUGGACACUGGGUCUCACUAUCGCCAAAUAUAUUUGGAGAUCGGCUUCGGCUACGGCUUGGCAGACAUUUUUUUCUUUCUACAAUUUUAAAUUAAAUUUAUUAGAAUAAAUGCUUCGAACACACGCGAUCUAAGUACCUUUUGUGUUUAUUAUACCUUACCUACCUAGGUAUAAAAAGAGUACUUACGUAGAUUUUCUUUUAUUAACUGUUUUAUACGAAGAUCUUGAUCUCUCAAAUUAGCAUCCAUUUUACUUCCAGUGAUUAUCAACUAAAUUAAUAAUCCACAAAGUAUUAAAUAACGUUUUUAUGAAAUAUUUAGCACAAAAACAAUACCCUUUAAAUAUCGAUCGUCAGUAACUGUGGCUGACUUACCUAUAUUCUAGCAAGCAGGACUGCCAGAUGUGAAGGGGAAAUCCCCAAUAAAUUGUUGCAUGUGACUGAUGAUGUGAGCAUGUUCGUUUCAUAAUAAAAAUGUUGCCAGGUAACCAAAAAGUCGUAUGUUUUUGUGCGAAUUACGAUCAUAAUCUUUACGAUCGUACAUUAAAAAAUAGACAAAUAAUAGUAUGAGUACGAUUUAAAUCAAGCAAGCAAGUCAAUCCUGCUAGCAAGACAGCGACAAAAUCACGUUGCAUAACAAUGUAGCCCAAGCUUAUAUCUUAUGAAAUAUACGGAAGAGAUACGGACUUAGAAAAAACAGAAAUGUUGUUCUUUGUGGAAGUCAUUGAUGAAAUUCUAUGUAUUUUAGCCCGCAAACUUUCUUCAAACAAAAACAGCGCCAUCUAGUAUCGAGUUCUGUAAUUAUCUCUUUGUUUAUGGAUUUGAAGUAAGACCGCCACGCAUGCAAUACAUUAUGACUGGGGAUUCCCCUAUUCGUCGACGCUGAAUAUGAGGCGACGACAAUCACUGUCAAACGUGUUCACUAUUACUCUGACUCUGGUAACGUGACUUCCUGGUAACGUGUUAGGUAGGAAAAGCAGUAAAAAAGUGCAUAUUAAGGGAGCAGAUUUGAAAUAAUAUUUAUACUUAACAAGAAAUAAUUAAAGGUUCAAUGGGGAGACCUAAAGAUUUACGCAUAUGGGAGCACUACCGUACUUUACCAAACAAGUCUGUUUCUUGCAAGCUUUGUAAUAAGGUCUACAAAUUCAGUAAUGCUGCCAAAAUGCUUCAACAUCUUAUCACUUGUCCAAAAUCUCCAGAAACAUUAAAAGACUCUAUGAAACUUAUAAAAGAUAGCUCGUCCAAAACCAAAAUGUCUGGACUGUCAGAGAUAGAGACAAAUGAUUCUUUUAUAAGCCCCUCGUCGUCUGCUAACACUACAAUAAAUGCUGAGUUUCAAGACACCGAUGAUCAUAUAAAAACAGAAUUAGCGAGAGCUAUAUUUGUAACAGGGACGCCAUUAUCGAUGGUGCAACAUCCUUUAUGGAUACAAUUUUUCGAAAAAUUGCAACCAAAAUUUAAAAUACCUUCACGUAAAGCUUUAGCGACAAAAUACUUAGAUAAAAUAUAUAGAGAAAUGCGUUUUGAGUUAAAUGAGGAACUAAAUGCUUGUAGUUACUUACACCUUCAGUGCGAUGGCUGGUCUAAUUUAAGAAAUGAAGGAAUAAUAAACUUUCUUAUAUCAAAACCUCAACCUGCAUACGUUAAAAGUUUGAAUACAGAAAGUAAUCCUCACACUAGUGAAUACCUUAGCCAAGAAGUUGAAAAAGUAAUGAAAGUGUAUGGAGCAAAUAAGUUUCUUGUACUUAUUGGCGAUAACGCUAGAAAUAUACAAAAGGCAUUCGAAUUAACAAAACUCAAAUAUCCACAUGUUGUUCCUCUCGGUUGCUGUGCACAUAUCCUUAACUUGUUGUGCCAAGAUAUUGUAAAGAUACAAGAAGUAACUGUGUUUAUUAUGCAAGCCAUAAAUAUAAUAAAAACUGUUAAAAGGAGUCAACGAUUAAGUUCCUUGUUGAUAAAAUCAAGGCAGGGUGAAGAUUCUACACAAACACUAAAAUUGCCUUGUGCUACAAGAUGGGGAAGUCAUGUUACUUCGUUAAAAAGUUUGAAAGCAAAUAAGAUAGCUUUGCAAAUAUUAACAGUUAGAGAAGAUGUGGUAAUUUCAAGAGAUAUUAAAGAUUUAAUUCUAAGUGAUGAUUUCUGGACGAAGACAGGGGAAUGUAUAAGUAUUUUGGAACCAGUCACUGAAAGCAUAUUUUACUUAGAGAGCGACCAGAAUCGUUUGCAUCGCACAUACGAGGUCUGUCCGGAAAGUUCGUAUAAAAGUGUUCUGGAAUGCGAGAAAGAGGAGUGGGGAGGCCAGGUAAGCGCAGGACCCCUUCCUUAUGUCCCUAACAAUGCUUCAGUUCUGGUCUGACCGCCGUGCGGUGCGAACUGGCUUGUCACGCCAUCUGUGAAGUUACCUCUUAACGAAACCCCGUCGGCAUGGAGCCCGCUUCCGUUGAAGAGCAGCGCGUCGUAAUCAAGUUUCUCUCGAAACUCGGCAAGAAUGGCCGUGAAAUUUUUGCCGAUCUCAGAACAGUUUAUGGGGAUGAUGCUGUGAAGGAACCAACCGUCCACAAGUGGCUAAAAAGAUUCAGAGAGGGCCGAGAAAGAGUUCGAUGUUCGGGGGAUUGUCCAUCAAGAAUUCGUCCCUCCAGGCCAGACAGUUGAUGGAAAAUUCUACGUCGAUGUGCUCAGACGCCUCAAAGCUCGUGUGGCACGAGUUCGUCCAGAAUUGGCGCGAGAGGGGCGUUGGAUUCUUCACCACGACAAUGCCCCUGCCCACACCUCUCUUGUUGUCCGUGAGUUUUUGAGUAAAAAUUCCAUUACGGUGACCGAACACCCCCCUAUUCGCCGGAUUUGGCCCCGUGUGACUUCUUCUUGUUCCCAAAAACCAAAUUGGUACUUCGGGGGCGGCAUUUGGGGGACAUAAAUGAGAUAAAAAAAGCUACGACGGGGCAGCUGAGAAACCUACAACCAGAGGACUUUCAAGGAGCCUUCUCACAGUGGAAACGGCGUUGGCACAAGUGCAUUAUGUCACAGGGGGAGUACUUUGAAGGGGAUAAAAUUGAUUUACCUGAAUAAUUGUAAAAUAA